AUGUUCUCCUCUUCAGGGAGUGGAAAGAAGCCCGCGCAACAGCAGGAGAUGGUUCAAGUCGAUCGCUCAGAUUCUGCAUCACCGUUUUGGAAACCGCCGCCCCCACGCGAGAACACGCCGAAAAGGACAGGUCGCGACUCCAGCCUGGUUGUUGGAGCCGCAUACUCUCAUGCUGACAUUCUGAAAUUUGAUUCUUUAAACCUGUCGAAUUCCUCCUCGAGACCGAAAACUCCCCCGUCUUCGCACUCGGCGAAGGGCCGACCUAGCGAUGCCUCUCCACCAACUUCGAGGCCCGCGUCGGGACUGUCCUCGCCGCCGAUCAAGAGCUACAUAAACUUCCUGUCCAACACAAACGACGACUGGAAGGCGGACGAGGACGAUAUGAUGGGUUAUGAGGAUGAUGAUGGCGACGACUUCGGCCUGCCUAGUCUGUCCAACAUGAAGAGGCGGACGCGAAAAAUGGCGGCGCAGAAUAAGACCGAUUCGAACGGAGGUCUGUCGCCAAUGGGCGACUCCUUUGGACUCGGACUUCACACGAGAAGAUACUCAAACAGUGCGGAUAUCGCCAUUGAGAGACCCGCGCCGACCUACCCCAUGCCUAAGAAAAGCGAGGGGAAGAUUUUAAGACCCCAAUACAAAGAAAUAUUGAGAGAUCCUGCAAACGCGCUACACUUGAUCGACCACCCCGCCGUCCCCGCAAAUGCGACGCCCAAAGAGGUUGACGCAGCCAAUUCUAGGAUAACCCGGAUCAACAAAUUCAAGAAGCUUCUGCAGGCAUCAACAAUACCUCUGCAGGAUCUUCGACAACUGGCUUGGUCCGGCGUGCCUCAGGAGGUCCGCGCCAUGACAUGGCAACUUCUACUAAGUUACUUGCCGACUAAUAGCGAAAGAAGAGUCACGACCCUGGAAAGGAAACGAAAAGAGUACCUAGAUGGUGUGCGACAGGCCUUUGAACGGGGCGGCUCCAGCACCGCGCCGACAGGCAAGGCAAGAGGACUGGACGAGGCAAUCUGGCAUCAGAUCAGCAUCGAUGUUCCGCGGACGAACCCUCAUAUCGAGCUUUACUCAUACGAGGCGACUCAGCGUUCUUUGGAGCGCAUCUUGUAUCUUUGGGCCGUCCGGCAUCCAGCCAGUGGCUACGUACAGGGCAUCAAUGACCUUGUGACGCCAUUCUGGCAGGUGUUCCUGAGCGUUUAUGUCGCCGACUCGGACAUAGAAUCCGGUAUGGAUCCGGGCCAACUGCCGAAGUCUGUUCUUGACGCGGUGGAGGCGGACUCGUUCUGGUGCCUCACGAAACUCCUCGAUGGCAUUCAAGACCAUUACAUCGUAGCGCAGCCGGGUAUUCAGAGGCAAGUCACAGCUCUUCGCGACCUAACGGCGCGAAUCGAUGCGAGCUUGGCAAAGCAUCUCGAAAAUGAGCAUGUUGAAUUCAUCCAAUUCAGUUUUCGAUGGAUGAACUGCCUCUUGAUGAGAGAGAUCAGUGUACGGAAUACGAUCAGAAUGUGGGACACAUAUUUGGCGGAGGAGCAGGGUUUCUCGGAGUUCCAUCUCUACGUCUGCGCGGCCUUCCUAGUCAAGUGGUCGGACAAGUUGAUCAAGAUGGACUUCCAGGAGAUAAUGAUGUUUUUGCAGAGCUUGCCGACAAAGUCAUGGACUGAAAAGGACAUUGAACUGCUGUUGAGCGAAGCGUUCAUUUGGCAGAGUCUUUUCAAGGGUUCAUCGGCGCAUCUCAGAGGGCAGCCCGGCCGCACGCCUUCGGCGAAUAUGCAGCUAUAG